AUGCACGGAAUGUCAGGAAUGGGCGGCAUGGGCGGGAACAAUACAUGCGUAACAGAGAUGUUGUGGAACUGGCGGGUCACCGACGCCUGCUUCCUCUCCUCAUCAUGGCACAUCACCAACAACGGCUCAAUGGCUGCUAGCUGCAUCGGCGCCGCCCUCCUCGUCGUCUGUCUCGAAUUCCUCCGCCGCGUCAGCCACGAAUACGACGCCUUUCUCCUCCGCCAAUUCCAACGUCAACUCCACGCGCAACAAGCCGCUCUAGCAGCAGCCGCGCCCUCAAACUGCUGCGACGGUCCCGUCACAACGCUAGGAACCCAGCAUGCAACUUUCCGCGCCAGCUCAUUACAACAAUUCGUCCGCGCUGUUAUCCACGGGGUCACGCUUGGUUUGGCAUACAUUGUCAUGUUGCUGAUUAUGUACUUCAACGGCUGGAUCUUCAUCUCAGUGGUGCUGGGUGCCAUUCUGGGCAAGUUUCUGUGCGACUGGUUGGUGGUUAGGAUACCUUAUACUGCGCCGGGAGAGAAGGAAGAGCGACGUUCUUCCAUCGGCGCGGCUGGGCCUACUGGUUGUUGUGCUUAGGCAGGUUUUUCGGUACCCGAAGAGUGGAUUUAUUAGAUACCCCUACCUAUAUGAGCGUCGCCAUAUAUGGCAAAUGAAAUUUUUUCUCAUC